CUCCAGAAGCCAGCCUACUUCCUGGAAACUCGCCUUCCACCCUACGGUUCCACAUUCCAACCUCACCUGAUCAAUCUAUCUAUUUGUAAAUUGCUUCUCCCUCUUUGAACUCGCCUGAGGGCUUGAAAUCAUCCUCUUCAAUUCAAGCAGAUAUUAUCAUCCCUCUUUCUCUCUCUCAGGCUGGAGAUGGCGGUUGGAAGUGGCGAAGCUCUUUACAUUCGAAUAUAUCAAGAGCUCCAAGGGCCUGUUUCAUCAAACUCGUUAAGCUGUAGCAUUUUCAGAGUGCCUAAUCAUUUACGAAAGAUAAAUGAGAAGGCCUACGAACCUCAAGUGAUCUCCAUUGGUCCUUACCACCGUGGUAAAGAUCCCUUGAAGGCAAUGGAAGUGCACAAAAAGCAUUAUCUAAAAAUGCUCCUUGACCGAAAUAAAGAAAAGACUCUGAAGGAAUAUGUGGAGGCCUUCGAAGGUCUUAAAGAAGAUGCUCUCAAAUAUUAUUCGGAAUCCCCGGAUCAGAAGGAUGGAGAAGAUAAAUUUGUAGAGAUGAUGCUCUUUGAUGGAUGCUUUGUCGUUGAACUUAUCCAUCAGAACUUCAUGCAUAUGGCUAUUAAUUGCUUCUCCAGAAUGAUGCCAGGACCUUGUAGUAAAAAAAUUGAGAAUCACCUACGCAUCAAGCAUCUACUGGGCUUACUACAUGAUAGCUGCGUUUCACCACCUGAGUCACCGAAGGGAGUAAAUCCUCCCCCACCGGAGGCAGCGAGGGGAGUAAGGCCUCCCCCACCUGAGGCAGCGAAGGGAGUAAAGCCUCCCCCACCGGAGGCACCGAAGGGAGUAAGGCCUCCCCCACCGGAGGCACCGAAGGGAGUAAGGCCUCCCCCACCUGAGGCAACCUGUUCACCUAGGUCAGCAAGUUCUUCAACAACCAAGCCAUCAGGGAUUGUAAAGUCUUCCUCUGACGCAGUUCUUAUGAGUGCUAAUCCCAGCGAUUUAGAGUCAGUAAGUUCUGAAAAACUCGAGUAUGUAGAGAUCGUGCCGUGUUCAUUGUCGCCUGUAAGAUUUCCUCCACCCAAGACAUCAGAGGAAGGAAAGUCUCUGCCCCCUUUAGAGACAGAAGCAGAAUCCGGGAAGUCUUCAAAUGGGGCUAUUGAAGAUAAUCAUCAUCAAUCUAUCCUUCGAAAUUUAGUUGCUUAUGAACAGUGCUACAAGGACAUAACUUCAAGACACUUCACAGACUAUAUUAGAUUCAUGGAUUGCCUCAUCAACACAGGGAAGGAUGUUGAAUUACUCCGUUGGCAUGAAGUCAUUGAAAAUAGGUUAGGUGAUAAUGAAGUGAUUGCUGGCAUAUUUAACAGAAUCUGUGAUGCUGUUUUGAUUGCCGAGGAGGACUUCUUCUACUCUGAAAUAUUCAACAAAGUGAACAAACAUUGCAGAAAAAGGAGGAACCAGUGGAUGGCAAACUUCAGGCACAAUUACGUUAACACUUCGUGGGCAUUAAUUUCCGUUAUUGCUGCGGUUAUCUUGCUUCUACUUACCGUGCAGCAAAGUAUGGUAACCCCAGAGCAGAGAGGGCUUUCUUCCAGUAUCAUCAGCUCGAGCUUCUGCAGUACGAUAAUGGCUGGAAAAGAAUCAGAGUACGACGGUGCUUUGGACUCGGACCUACUCUCCGUCCACUCUCUCAAACUCCAAGAUCAGUCGACGCACCUUAGCACCACCGCCAACGCCGCCGCUGGCGCUCUUGAAAUCACCUGCUUUAGCGAGCUCGUCGAUGACGCUACCUUCCACUUCCAAAUCAUUCGUUUCCCUAAACAGAUAUAUGCAUGGAUCGGUUGCAACUCUACGAAAUUCAGUGACUUGUUCGCAGCUGCAUCGACACGACCUAGCAACACGGUCGGUGUGGCUUCCAUUCUCGGAGUGUUAAAAACUGGUCUUAACAUAAUUCUUGCUUGCAGUAUCCCAAAGAAUAGCCCCAUGCUUGAGGCAAAUGCUGAAAAGCAGCUGAUGGAAAAGUUAGUCAGUUUGGGACACACGCAGCCAAGAUAAUGGUUUGUGAGAAUUUUCUUUCAUGGAAAAAGCUUGUAUCUUCAUCGCCCUGAACAUAACAGCGAGGUGUGUCUACCUGCACCAACACCUGGUGGUUCUUUCUCCUUAACUCCACUUUAUUGUUUUGGAAAGCAAACCCCCAAAUGACAAAAUACUGGCUAUGAUUCCUCAGUUGUUAAUGAUUUGGGUUCUAUUAUCUAUAUCUGUUAUGAGCUUUGCUAGGGAAGAUUUGUUUUUGUAACUAGUCAGUACAAAUUUUCACCUGAAGUUUUAGUUGAUGGAUCAUUGUAUUUUUAUGUUGAGGAAUUAUCGGACAAUGCUUUUUGCAGAACUUGCGUAUGAUUUUUUUUUUUCUUUCUAAAAUACCUAUUGUUUUCCUUCUAUUUACCCUUUUCAAUAAAUGAUUAUGAGAUAU